AUGCACAUUUUGAAUAAAAACAGCAUUAAUUGUACGGCUGGCAUCCCUUGUAUUUACGAAACUAAUGUGGAUUUGAGGAUUAUAGUUAUUACCUAUGACCGAACAUCCAGUGUUAUGAAACUUCUAAACAAUUUACAGUAUUUGGAUGUUGAUGAAGAUUUAGCUGUUUUGGAAAUAUGGAUUGACCGCAAUGCUAAGAAUGAAAUUAAUAAUGAUAUGUAUAACGCUGUGUCUCAGUUUAAGUGGAACAAAGGCGUAACAAGAGUUCAUAACCAAACAAGUCACGUUGGCCUAUUGGGACAGUGGAUUGACACCUGGAGACCAAAAGUUGCACCACCAUUUGAAAAGAAAAAUAUGUCGCAAGCAAUGUACCAGUACCAUCCUCAGUACAGCAAAGAAAUUGCUCUCAUAUUGGAAGAUGAUAUGAUGAUUUCACCACAAGCUUAUAAAUUCAUUAAAGCUGUCCACAAGAAAUACAGCGGGAGACCGGACUACGCUGGUGUGUCACUGCAGAGCGAUGAAGCUAAGGCUCUUAAUAGCGGGAAACCGCUGCGUGCCCCUAUAAACGAAUCUGUCUUAAUGUUCGUUUGCGUUGGAACUUGGGGAUUUUCUCCAUCUCCUCAGUAUUGGGCUGAGUUUCAGGACUGGUAUCAUUAUGCCAGAACUGUAAAAGGUUUUUGGCCUUACGUUGACGAUACAGAACCCGGAAAAUGGUUCAGAGGAUUUGUGGCUCAAGGCACUGCAGACAACAUGUGGGAAAUGUGGUUCAUAUACUUUGCCACUAAAAAAAGAAUCUACACGGUAUACAGUAACUUGAGAUACGUUAAUGGAGAUAAAGCUGAUUCAUGCGUUAGUUAUAACAGACGUGAAAUAGGAUUGCACUUUCCUACUAAAGGACCUGAAAAUUUAUGUAAACUUUUGGAAAAAUGGGAUACAAAAUAUGAAUCAAUGCUACCAGAUAACCCAAUUAAGUUGGACUGGUUUGGUAAUGUAAAUAAAAGCUUAUAA